AAUGCCCGGGCGGUCACGAGUGCGACAGGGUUGUAAUUUCAAGUUAUUUCUGAAUUAAAUUGUGAUUAAUCUUUAAUUGUAACCGAUUCAGCAUACCGACGGCGAGAUGUUUACAGCUGUUAAUGAGUUUUUAGAUGACCUACGUGGCGGCAUAAUGACAGAAACGCCAAUAGUUCGAUUGGAGCAGGGGCAGCUGCAAGGCCGUCUCGUUACCAUACCGUCCGGCAGGAACUACUACAGCUUCCAGGGCAUUCCUUAUGCUAAACCUCCCCUGGGAUCUUUGAGAUUUAAGGCACCACAGCCUCCAGAACCAUGGGAAGGCGUCCGCGACGCUACAUCGGAAGGCAACGUUUGCGCGCAAAUCGACCAAUUGAUCCAUAAAGAAUUCAUUGGGGACGAAAACUGCUUAUUCCUUAACGUGUAUACUCCGAAUCUUGACGGAGAAUUUCUUCCAGUCAUGGUUUUCAUCCACGGUGGAGGAUUCAAGUUUGGUUCAGGCAAUUCCAGCUUUUAUGGAGCUGAUUAUCUAGUCGAAAAGGAUGUCAUUAUCGUAACUAUUAAUUAUAGAUGUGGUCCGUUAGGUUUCUUAAGCUUGAAUACUCCCGAAGUCCCUGGAAACGCUGGUUUGAAAGACAUCGUACAGGCUGUAAGAUGGGUUAAAGAGAACAUUCACAAUUUUGGUGGAAAUUCCAGGAAUUUGACAGUUUUUGGUGAAAGCUGUGGGGGAGUCGCUGUUUCAAUCCUCACAGCGAGUCCAUUGACUAAAGAUUUGAUCAGCAAAGGUAUUAUACAGUCAGGCACCGCAUUAAACAGUUGGGCGUUCCAGAAAAAUCCUAUAGAAAAUGCAAAGCAACUUGCAAAACAUGUCGGUUGUGAAUCUGAAGAUGUGGAUGAUGUUUUAGAGUUCCUGACAGCUACUUCUGUUAAAGACCUAGUCCACGCUCAUAAUAACAUGCACACUCCUGAAACAUUCCUCACCAAAGGAACAAAUCUUUUUGCUCCGGUAGUCGAGAAAGAGUUUCCAGGAGUAGAAGCAGUAUUGACAGAGGCGUUUAUAGAUUUGCUGACAUCUGGACGUGUUGCAGAAAUCCCAAUCAUGAUUGGCUCAACAACUCUCGAGUUCACUCACGAAAGAAAUGUAGACGACUUGCAAGCUUUCAUUCCGGAAGACUUGAACAUCGCAAGAAAUUCUCCUGAGGCUAUUGAAAUUGCUGAAAAGAUCAAGCAACUAUAUUACAAAGGCAAGGGACCCGGCGUCGAAAGUUUGGUUGAGUAUUUCGAAUUGUUAUCUGAUAAACUGGUGAAUAUAGACACGCAUAGAUACGUGCAGUACUUAGUCCAGGUUUCGAAGAAACCUGUUUAUUAUUACAAAUUUGAUUACGUCGGAGAAUUGAAUGUUUCGAAAAAACUAAUUGAGAGUUUCGGAUUGAACCACGCUGCACAUAUGGAUGACCUUGGUUAUCUUUUCAAGAACGACUUUCAAGAAGGUGUGCAACCAACUUCCCAAGAUAUGAAGAUGAGGGAACGAAUGCUAAGGCUUUGGACCAACUUUGCUAAGUGUGGUAACCCGACUCCCGAAGAAAAUCACUACCUGACUGUUACCUGGUUACCGGUAUCUAAAGACAAUCUUUACUACCUGAACUUAGGCAAUGAGCUUUCCCUUGGAACGAACCCAGAUUGUGAAAAGAUGGAGUUUUGGACUUCCCUUUACAACAAACACUAUAAGAUCUGGGACCAUCCCAAGGUCAACAACGAGGAAGUACCUAGAAAGGAACCAGAAACCUUAACAGUUGUUCAAGGAACCACUACAUUUCAUGAACCUGACGCAGUAGAUACGGUACCAGAACCAACAAAAACCGAAGAAUUGAAUGUGAUUGAUGAACGUAUAGUAGUCGAAGAACCAACAGUAAUUGAAGAACCAAAAGUUGUUGAUGAACCUAAAGUUGUUGAUGAAGAACCGAAAAUAGUUCUGGAAGACCCAAAAUUGAACCAAAUCGACCCUGUCCGGGUUCAGGAAGAAGCCAUUAACCAAGAAACUAACAACGGUUCUAUUGAGGAACCAAAACACAUAGAAACGGUUGAACAACCAGGAACAAAGCAUAUGAAUGGCAAUGGAAUAGAUAAGAAAGCUACACCGCGUACCUCGAAUGAAAUUAAAAUGGUGCAAAACGCAAAUGGAAUUCCCAAAGAUGUAAUAAGAGCGAAUGACCCCCCAGAGGACGACUUACCCAAAAAUAUUGGCGUUAACAAAUUCGUGAAUUUCUUCGAAUCACUUGGAGGUAAAAAGUAAUCGAUUUGAAUUAUAACGUACACCACAUUUGUAAGGUUGAUAUUCGGAACAACGCUGCAGACUCAAACUACAGACUUUAACGGCAGAGAGCAGUCCAUAGUUGCGUCACCUGCGGUCUGCAGUGCAGUUCGGGAUUGCACCUGACAAAAAACCUGUCACUUGUAGAUAUUACGUGUGUAGGACUUCAAUACGUUGACAGUACGUAUACACGAGUGCAUGGCCAAAGCCGAAAGAGGGUAAAUAGUAAAAAUCAUUGUUUGAUGUGAAAUCUAAAAUUUUCUCUCCCUUCUCCGUUGACUCAGCGAUCCGAAGUGGGUCAUGGCUCUGUCUAGUGCGGUAUCCUUCCUGUUCUCUGCGUGUAGGACGUCUCAUGUAGGCCCUUCUCAUCUCCCUAUAAACUGGCACCCUUUAGCCAACGGAGUCCUGCAGACUUGUUUAUCUAAAAUAGUCUAAAUUAUUAUUUUUUCUUUCAAAGUCGUUCAUCACCUUUAUACGUCAUAAUUUCAUAAAACAUAGAUUUAGAAAAAAUAUUAAUAUUAUGCUGUAUUUAUAACAUUCCAUUAUUAUGUUCACGAGAAAUUUUUAAUUUAAAUUAAUGUAGUUAUUUAUAAUUAACGAAAUUUAUUUUUUGACUAUGUCAUUCAAGGACUGUACUCGUAGCAUGAUUUGUAUUCUGCUCUCCUUGUCAUAACUAUAGUAUAAAGAUAUAAAUAAGAUCAUUGGGUUUAGGUAAUUAACUAAAGCGUGAAACACAGAAAACGGGUGCGGGACGGGCCGGGUCGGGAGCACGGCGGGUAUAAUUCCGUGUAUUUUUUUUAAAUGUGAGCAACACACCGAUGUAAAUUCAUUUUCAAAGAGGACUGUAUCAGCGACCGCCAUCUUGAAUGUUUGAUAACCAACUGAAUGAUGUGCAGCGUCUUCACAGCACAUCAGUGAAACACAGCGUGUGUAUGGAAUGCCGCAUCUAGUAUGCUAGAACAUAGAUAUCGUUGAGUUUUCGCUUUAUUGGUACGCAACAACAACGUAGUUGACAUUUUUUGGACGCCAAUAUCUCGAAAGUUAACAAAAUGCAAAUGCAUUAGUUAUGAUAAGGAGUACAGUAUUAUUUUAAAGACGUAACAAUUUUGUCGUUCAAAAACAAUUAAGAAUUAUGUAGUAAUGUUUGUAAUUAUUUAAAAUUGUAGAUAUGUGCCAAUAUUGAAUCCUAGUAUAUUUUAUAAAGUAAU